AUGCCCAAAUUCAGGAAUGGCCGUAGCCCCGGCUUCCGCAUUUUAGUUCCCAUUUUGCUAAAAAUUGAUCCUGGUGAUUCAAUGUUAAUUAUGUUUUACUUAGUACUGCUUUUUGUCAAAAUACACUCUUCAGCUAAUGCUUUCUUCCAGCUGGUUGUCUUCUUGCCUGCCCUGUGUCGUAAAAUGGGGGUCCCUUACUGCAUUAUCAAGGGGAAGGCAAGACUGGGACGUCUAGUCCACAGGAAGACCUACACCACUGUCGCCUUCACACAAGUGAAGUCAGAAGACAAAGGCGCUUUGGCUAAGCUGGUGGAAGCUAUCAGGACCAAUUACAACGACAGAUACUGUGAGAUCCGCCGUCACUGGGGCAGCAAUGUCCUGGGUCCCAAGUCUGUGGCUCGUAUCGCCAAGCUCAAAGAGGCAAAGGCUAAAGAACUUGCCAGUAAACUGGGUUAAAUGUACACUGUUGAGUUUUCUGUACAUAAAAAUAAUUAAAAUACAAAUUUUCCUUCAAAACAAAACAACAAAAACAAAAAAAAA